UGUCGGCGGCAGGAAGGGGCGGGCGCGGCGCCGGGAGCGCGACAUGGUGGGCGCUGGUGCGCGCGGGGCGCCGCUGCUGCCGCCCGUGCUGCUGCUGCCGCUGCUGCUGCGGGGCGCGGCGGGCGGCAUCGCCGACAGCGUCGUCUGGGCCGUCAACGCGGGCGGCGAUGCCCAUGUGGACGUGAACGGCAUCCACUUCCGCAAGGACCCGCUCGAGGGCCGCGUGGGCCGAGCUUCUGACUAUGGUAUGAAACUGCCCAUCCUGCGGUCCAACGCAGAAGACCAGAUUCUCUACCAGACGGAGCGUUACAAUGAGGAAACCUUUGGCUAUGAAGUUCCCAUCAAAGAGGAGGGUGACUAUGUGCUGGUGUUGAAGUUUGCAGAGGUCUAUUUUGCACAGUCUCAACAGAAGGUAUUUGAUGUUCGCUUGAAUGGCCACGUGGUGGUGAAAGACUUGGACAUUUUUGACAGAGUCGGACACAGCACAGCUCACGAUGAGAUCAUUCCCAUGAGUAUUAAAAAGGGGAAACUGAGUGUCCAGGGAGAAGUUUCAACAUUCACAGGAAAGCUACACAUUGAGUUUGUAAAGGGCUACUAUGACAAUCCGAAAAUCUGUGCCCUAUACAUCCUGCAAGGAACAGUGGAAGAUGUUCCAAAGCUGCAGCCACACCCAGGUCUGGAGAAAAAAGAGGAAGAUGAUGAUGAAGAUGACUAUGAUGAUGGCUCCAGUGUCAAAAAACAGGCAAAUAAGAACCGUGUUCAAUCAGGCCCACGUACACCAAACCCCUAUGCCUCAGACAACAGCAGCCUCAUGUUUCCUAUAUUGGUGGCCUUUGGUGUCUUCAUUCCUACCCUCUUCUGCCUCUGCCGAUUGUGAGAGCAAGCCUCACAGUGCAUCAGCCCAGGGGCUGGGAGGGAAGGAGUUGGACCAAAUAUGGUUGCUUUCAAUUUCUCCAUAUUGUUCAUAAUUUAAGGGAAAAAAAAAAAAAAAAAAGAGAGAUGAUUCAUUUGGAAUGAAUAGCAGGUCCAGGUAAGAGGGAGCUUACCUUCCCCCUUCCAGCAAGCAGCAAGGCCCUCGCCUUCCCCUUUGCACCAUGUGCAGCCUCUGAUUCUCCCUGGGGCAUCCAAGAGUGAACUGAGUCCUGGCUGAGUGUGUAUUGGGCCAUUGAAAGCUGAUGCUACCAGUCCUGGGCCACGUCCCACACUGAGAGAAAGCCAUGUGCUGUAGGAUCUCUGCCUUUACUGGGUGGAAUACAGUUCCUCAAGCAGGAAAGCAGUCCUUAAAACAAGGCUGGGGUACACAUUUUGUCCAGGAGCGUGGAAGUGUUGUGGUGCUGUUGGGUGUCAAGCGACUGCAGAGGACAUCUCAGCAUCUCCCUGAAUGUGCGCAGCACAAUGUAUGGUACUCGCCUGCCUAAAGAUACCAAGGCUCCAGACCAGCCUCCGUGGAGAUGAUCCCUUCCUAAGACUGCAAGCUGCGCCAGGAGCAGAGGGAUUUAUCUGGCCUGAUUUGCUGCACCAGUUGGGAGAGACUUUCCUAGUCUGGCAGUUGCAAUGUUUGUUCCAUCGCAGAGGGAUUCUGCUGUAGCCUGCAAGAGGCUGACGUUGUUAGCGUCUGAUCAGAUGCACUUGUUUUCUGUAUCAAUUAUGGCUUUUGUUUCCUUUAAUAUCCUUUUAUUUUCAAAGGUUUUGUUUUAAGCCCAGUUCCUUGUUUUGCCUUUCCUAGCAAGUGACCUCUUCUUUGGAAGAAGCUGAGAAUCAGGUGAACUAGAGAGGAGGUUCAGGACUUGUUCCUUAGCCUUCCUAAUGGUGAGCUCCCUUCUCCGUGACUCUAACCAACCUGUGCUGUAGGACAGAGCAGAGCAACCUGGUGGAUGCUCCCUGUGGUCUGUCAGUCCCUCUCUAGGGACCAGCCCUGCCCAUGGCAGUGAGAAGUGGAGCUGGUCAGUGUUUGCAGUGAGUGAGUUUGGCCUUUUGCAUAUCCAAGCCCUGUAGUGAAGGGGCAGAUGUCCAACAUUUCAGUCCUGCAGAGCAAGGUGGUUUGUUGCCAUCCAGAGAUCUGGAAGUGAGCAAUGCACUGGAGACAAGGUCACCUGCUUCCCCCGGGGAUAUUUCUGCAGGAGGCUUCUGUUUCCAAAUGCAGAGCCUGUGCCUGCCUGGCAGAGGCUGAACAGAGCGAGAGCCACUGCUGCACCUUCUGUUCCAGAACUGCAGGCCCUGAGGAACUGCCUUCUCACAAUCUUGGCCUCCAAAAUGUUGAGCAUUUCUGGUUGACCAGGAGGGAGAUGUUCUGUUCUGGAGCAGGAUCUGUCCCGGGCAGGGUUGGAUUUUUGCAGAUCAGCUUUGUUGCUGCUGAGCUCUCAGCUCACAGAGUGCUUUACCUCACACUCUCUCCAUUGUCCUCAGAAGUAUUGGGUCUUUCCCCAGAGCAGUGGCACUGAGCAGUGGCCUCCGUGCUGCUCUGCCUCUCUGAGCCUGCAUUUUUCUAGCAGUUGUUCCUGGGUUUGAUCCCCUGCAGCGGCUCAGCCUUUCUUUGAGCUGAGCAGGGUCAGCAGAAUUACUGAGUUUCUGGCAAGGGAGCUGGAAGAGCAGCCUUUUCUGUUCUGCUGGGCUCAGAGAGCUGAAGCCUUCGCUUCCUCUUAACCCUCAAGCUGUGAUAGGAGCUGUCAGCUCAGGGGCUCCAGCGUGGAAGCUGGGGGAGGUGACAAAAACGCUGCUCUCUGCAGCAGUGCCACUGAACCUUGCCUUUCUGAUCACAUCACUGCUACAGGCCUGACCCUAAUUCUAUAUCUGUGAGCUGAAAAACAAGUCGUACCUUAAUUAUCUCUUUCCAACUGCACAAAGGGUAGUUUGGGACAGAAGGAAGAGUCCCUGCCCCAGUUAAAGGAAAAUACAGGCUUUAGAGAGAGCAGAUCUUGAAGAACAAACCUUAGGAUGAAAGGUGGUAAGCUUGAAGUUGUCUGCUUCAUCUUCUAGCUACUGUUAAAAUCCUAAUACUUACAAAUCUGUUAUAAAAUAUGACCUCUGAUUUGUUCAGUGACAGUGCCUGCAGGGAUUCUCCAGCAUUUUUGGGAUUGCUCUAACUGGAUAGAAGAGACAUUUAGAUCUCUAUCAGUUUUGAGAACCAUGAACUGUGAUGAUUUGUUAAGCAAAGAACCUGGGGUUGAAAGCAGGCGUCUCUCUAAGGAGCUGCUCUCCUCCAGGCCUUUUAGGGUGCAUUUUAUUUGAGCAUCCUUGAAGCAAGGAAUCACUUGACUUCUUGUGGCUCACCCAGUAAUCUCAGCACCUUGCCUACCAUGGGAGAAAGGGUGUGUGUUUAGAUGUGCAGAAGUCAGAGACAAGUCUAGGAUAGUUUAUCCUGGCCUCUCCUAGCAGCCAGGGCACCCAUUUGGUGCCAUCAGCUGCCCCAAGGCAGAGCUGUACAAGCUGUGAUCUAGUUUGUUCCAUUUGCUCAGUUCAAAUGAACUUGUCUUAUUUGAAUAAGAAUAGGAAGGAGAAAUAGUUUGUCCUUCAUGGCUUCAAUUUAUUUGUUUUGACUGGUUUUAUGCAUCUUUCUCACUACAAGGCUGAUUUCUGGAGGGUUCCUGCCCCUGUUAAGAUCCUGUGAGCAGUUUCCUUCCUAGUCCAUCCUCUCCUGACAGGUUUGCUUUAGAAGGAGCCUUCAAAGAAAGCGUGUGGGAGCACUGAGGAUGGUGGGGGAUAGCCAGUCAGCACCUUGCUGGGAAUACUGGAGUAUGGUAUAGCUGGAAUACUCCAGCUCCCCUGGCCAUCUCUGUUUAGUAUCUGUAAACCAGACUCAUGGGUGUAAUGAGGUACCUGGUCCUGACCAGGGAAAGAAAAGAUAGGGCAGAUAUGGCAAUUUUAUUAAAGCUUCCACUUAAUAAAGGGAAAAUCACUGUCUGUGAUGUUUCAGGCCUGGAUCCAGCCUCAGUGUAGUGGUUUCAAAGCUUAUUUUAAUUGUCCUUCAGCCCCUCCUUUAAGCCAGGCUAUUGAAGUCUUCUGUGUGUGUGACUACACAUCUCUGACCCUUUUGAGUGUCCCAGGUGGCAGUGAACAGAAAGCCAAAUGAAUUCCCUUCUCUUUUUGGUGCCUUUGUCUCAGGCUUUGAAUAAAAGUCUAUUUGAAGAAGCUUCUUUUUUUUUAAGGAGCUUCUGAGUUUUUUCUUUUUCUUUAAGGGACAGGCAUUCCCUGCCCUUGAGAUCAGAUGGGGACUGUCUCCCUGUCCCCAGAUGCCAGCUCUGGAGGUCACAGCUGAAGUAGAGAACUGUGAGCAAGUUUCUUUAUUUUCAGCCCUUAAAGUCAAUGGAAGAAAAGUCUAGCAGGGGAUAGAAGAACUGGAAGAGCUCCUUCAGGUCUGAUCUCCCCCAGAAAUCUCCUGAAGGCAGGAUGGAGAACUUCCAGACAGUCUGGUGCCUGGGCGUCUGUGCAGUUCAGAGCUGAGUGAGUCAUGCUGGGUCCUGGUAGUUGUAUGGCACUGACAGCUUCUGGGUGCAGAGUGGGGCUUGGUGGGUCCUGCAGUACCAAAUUUACUCACUAAGGGCUUGCCCCGUGCUGCUUAGGUCUCAACACAGCAGGAACCUGUUCCUUGUCCCUUGGCCUUUAAGUUAAAACGGGAUUGCAGCGGCCAGGGAGGUGUCUUGCUACAGGAACUCUGGGCUGAACAAGCCUGUUGCUGACAGAAAACAGCAGGAGGGAGAGGGCCAUGAGAGCAGCUUCAGCCCUUGAUGUGAGACAGAUUCUGAGCAGCUGCGAAGUACCAAGUGUUUCAGGCUCUGUUUGGUGCUCAAAUGUGGGAGAGAUCCGUCUGCUUCUUGCACGUAUGGUGGGGAGGGAAAUAUCCUUGCUGAGAAUCCAAGGGAAAUGGGAACUGGGCCAGCACUGAGCUAAUUUACCUACUGGCACUUCUGCAUCUCCACAACAAAUGCCAAAGCCUAAUACAAUUCAAAGAUGCUAUUUUAACGUCGGCCUGGUUCCACCAGUCUGUCUCCACCGGCUAGUCCCAAAUAGGCUCACACCAAUAUUCUCAACGGCACAAACGUACCAAGCUGGAGCUGGGAAGGCUCAGAAAAUGUGAUCACACGGAUGGGCCUCCUGUGCUGCACCCCUGCUUCGUGCUGCCCAGCGGGUCUGGGGCACAUGCAUUCACCUUGGAUCCAAAUGGAUUUGACCCAGGAGUAUUGUAGCAUUGAAAGGUGCUGGGAUGGAUGGGAGAGGUGAAAGCAGGUCCAUGUCUUCCGGGACUCUGGCUUGCUCAGAGUUUAUUGCUGUAUAUUAAAUACUAUUUUUGGAGAUUGAGGGGAGGAUGAGGGUGGGGAGGGAUGUGACGAUGCUGUCCCCAGUCUGAUUGGUGGGAUGCUACUGCAGGUUAUUGAUAGGUUUUGAUUUUUUUUUCCCCAAAAAGUGCUUUAUUUAAAAACCCAGAAAUAUCAACAGAACAAGUGCUUUCCACCCUCCUAGAAACUGUGCUGGCUGAUUAGAAAAUGUGAAUUAUCUUUUGCAAGCAUCUAAGGUUUCUGCUGAAGAGUUUGUGUGGUGGAAAUUUGAAGGCAAGGGGCAAAGUACAGCUUCAACCAAUUUAGCUGAGAAGAGUGUGAAUCUAGAAAAUGCAGGAUCUCUGCCCUGGUGUUGUCCCCAGUCACACUUAAUGGGGAUCUGCUCUCCUGUGCUACCAUGGCUGCUCUGUCACACUGUGGCAGUUUCUGAGCUGGUGUUCUGGAGCAAAGCAGUGGCUGGAAACUGGCAGGCAAGUGGGGGCUUGAACUUUUUGUGGUUUCCUCUGGGGCUUUGUGCCUUCAGGGCUUUCCCACUUGAGAAGCAGCUGGCUUAGUAAAGCAGCCCUGGAGCCUGUGAGAGCAGAGGCAGGAUCUGUGCUCCAUGCCAGGAGGCAGCAGCCAGGACUGUGAGAGGUGGUGGUGGUGGUGUUUGGUUCCCUUUGGGGUAGCAGCAGUCAGCGUUGGCACAUGGUCCCACUGCUCCAUAGUGCCUGGCUGUGGAUGUCACCUGGGCCACUGGCAUUACAGACACAUCACAAACUACUUAAAGAUGCAGGUCUAAGUUGUCUGUAAAGGCUGAAGUAGUGUGGGGAGAAAUCUCCAUCUGUACGUGUCACCAGUACAAAGGGUUUUUGAGGAGGAUUUUUUAUUUUACUGCCCAUUGCUUUCUGUUACAACAACUUGCAGUGACACUUUUUAGUUUGAUUUGCAGCAAGCUUGGGCCCUAGGUGAAAAGCACAGAUACCUAUUUCUGAUUGCAUCGGCUUUGCAGGGACUAGUUUGGGGGAGAUGGACAUGGGGGUGGGGUUAUUUUAUUUUUGGUACAUGGUAGCAGUUUUAUUUUUUAAUUUUCCCAGGAUGUUUGGUUGAGGGAAUGUUCUGAAAUCUACUGUCUGGCAGUUUAACCAGCAGUGUGCUAAAGGAAAAUAAACAAAACUAUAUUGUCACUUGGA